AUGAAUAUAGCGGAGUAUCUUUCAUCCAGUCAUCCGGAUGAUCUGCGAUAUCGUUUGAGUAUUGCAUACGCUGUGCGCAAUUUAGAGCAACAACAAAGUCAGCUAGUGACAAGUGUUGAUGGGAAUCAGCUUUCCGCGCCAUGGAGGAGUGAUGAAAAAUUUGUCCGACGUUUUCUAAUAUUCGGCAACUCUGAUGGUAUUUAUUUUGCAAGGCAAACGGAAUUCACAUGUACUUUAGAGCCCGGCUUAUGCCGCAUUAUUCAAUCAGGUAAAGGGUUAAUGAUUUUGCGACAAAUUUUGGAAGUUUCGAUAACAAACCUUGCUACGAAUACAGAACCACUGCUUAUUGCUUUAGCGCUUUGCGCACGUUACAAGGCUUAACGAGAAAAAUUAUUGCCAGAUGCUAUCUGUCGAGAUAUUAGACCGGUUAUGGAAAAGAAUUACCAGGCAUGCCUUCAGAAAUCAGCCCUUUUUGCUGUGCACAAGGUAUGUGCUACAGCCACCGAUUUAUUCAAGUUUAUCGAGUACUGCAAAGUGGUGUCAAGACAAAGUGGACUUAAGAAAGAUUCUAAUGGUUGGGGGCGUGCAUUGCGUGCAACUGUUAUCAAAUGGUAUUACAAUCAUACUCCAAAUCAUCUUGCAGUCAUGGUAACUAAGUAUCGUCAUCGUGUAAGCUAUUCGCAUCGCGAUCUAUUUUGCCUAAGCCAUAUCCAUCCAAAGCAAAGUUUUCCCUCCGAACAGAACUAUUGGCAACAUCAAAAGGGUUAUGAAGAUAUUUUCAAACAUGUUACCAGAGGUUACAGAGGUGGUGAAAAGGAAGAAAAAGAAAGAAAACGACGAAAAGAAUUAUCACCGAAAAGAAAAUCCAAGCGAGGUCGUUCAGAUCCAGAAGAAGAGGAACGAGUGAGACAAAAUUUAGAAGAGCUAAAUUUGAGACGAACUGAAGAGAGGGAAGCUUCUGCAGACGGAAAAUUUAAUCCAGUCAUAGAUGCAGCUGCAUAUAUUAAAGCUUUCAAUAAGCUUCAAGCUUUAGCACCUGAAAAUAUAAACGAGGCCAUUACACUCAUUCUUCAGUAUGGCAAGUUUUGUUUUGAACAAGAACAUGUUCCGCAGAAAUUACUCAGUUCUAAGGAAGUUUGGGGUGCUUUGCUGAGAAGGAUGUCAUUGCGUACAAUGUUGAAAAAUAUGGGCAAAAUGAGCGGCAUUGACCUUUUUGAAGAAGGUGUCAGUGUUGAUAAUCCAGUAUCUUUGGUUGCCAGAACACUGACUGAUCCUGAGAAGUUGUGGGAAGAACAACUUGAUCCACUUGCAAUACUGAUAGCCAAAACAAAUUAUGAACAUGGGCAUGAAAUGAAAAGGAAUCGGAUAUGGAAACCAGUUAUUGAGAUUCGAAAUGCGUUUGAUAAGGCAUUUUACAAUUGCAUGAAUGCUGUUGGGGCGACUAACAGACGAUAUCUUAUAGCAGUAGAUAUUUCGGAUAGCAUGGAUAGUUUUAUGCAGGGUACAACAGUAGCUUGUAGUCAAGUAGCAGCCGCGCUGUCAAUGGCAUUCAUUUACAAUGAAACCGAUGUAAUCACAUUGGGCUUUGCGGAUUUUUUAAUGCCUUUGGAAUGGAAUAGAGAUAUGGGCUUAGGUCAAUACCUCACAGCUGCCAAGAUGCUGAGAUAUGGUAAGACAGAUUGUGCCCUGCCCAUGAAUUGGGCAAUUGAACAGGGAAUAUUCGUGGAUGUCUUUAUUGUUUUAACGGAUAGCGAUAUUUCAAUUAAAUCUAUGAAACCAUCAGAUGCUAUUCAGUUGUAUCGCCAACAAAUGGGUAUGCCGGAUGCAAAACUGAUUAUAAUAGGAAUAACCGAUAAAUUAGGAUCUCUGGCUGAUCCGACUGAUCCAAAUAUCACUACAACGGAUGAACCACAUCGUUUUCAAGCACGUUUAGUUGGUGAAAAUUUUAUUGAACUACCAGUGGAACAAUUACGACGCAUUGCAAAUGUUAGCGGAGUAGAUUCCAUUGAACAAGAAACGAAACACUUUUCAUACAGUACGACUUUACAUGGUCCACUUCGACUCUAUAAAGGAAAAGGACAUGGAAAGAUAUUUUGGUGCUCGGUAAUGUGUUCUGCCGCAAUAUUCUUAUCACUUCAAAUAAACAUAUUGGUAGCAUAUUUCAUGUCACAUCCAACCGUAACAUCUAUCACUUUUGUCCCUGCUGAAGUGCUUCCUUUACCCGCCGUAACCGUAUGCAACUACAAUCCAAUCACCAAAAAUUAUGUCCAAUAUUUAAAUGAAUCCAGUAGCGGUGCUGGCUAUUUCACUCACGACUUAUUGCGCUAUAUGAUAAUGGCUUACAGUGAAGUGGAAGAUUUAUAUUUACAUGCAAAUAAUGAUACGAUCGAACGAGGUCGACAAGCAUAUGAAUAUUUUCAAAGCGUUUUUACAGAAUAUCCAUUCAAUAUUGAGAAUUUCUUCGCACAAGCUGGGUUUUCUUGUCAUGAAAUGCUUAAAGUUUGUUCUGUGGGCGGCACAAAGUUAGACUGUUGUGCAAUGUCUCGACAAGUACUUACCGAUCUUGGUUCAUGCUUUGUAUUUUCUUUCGACGACAUGAAAUUAAAUCAGACUCAACCAGGCAUUUUCAAUGGAUUGCAACUGAUAUUGGAUGCUGGAAUAAAUGAUGCUAUCACUGUCAAUUAUGCUGAAAAAGGAAAUAACCUACCAAUUUUUUCUAACAAUCUGGAAGAUGGCUUUCGAUUAUAUGUUCGAAGUGAAAAUGAGUUAGCAUAUUCAUAUACAGAAGGCCUUUCAGUUUCACCUGCCUAUCGUGCAUACAUUGCUUUGAAUUUAGAAACUUUUCAUUUUCUCACUCCCGAUAACUGGGGAAAUUGUACGCAUUCUUGGCCAUUGGAAUCGCCUCAGCGAGCAUUUCGUCUACCAUAUACAGCUAAAAAUUGUGCAUCACUUUGUCAACAAAUAUAUUAUGAACAAAGAAUUAAUUGCACUCCACUAUUAUACAGCGUUGGCGAUGCUCAUCUGAAUACCUGUACACCAAGCGAACUGCAUACAUUCAUGCUUGAAGUUGCUGAUCGGACAAAUAAUAUUAAUGGCCCUGAAUGUGCAGAUAAUAUCUGUCCAACGUCAUGUGUAACUCAUGAAUAUAAAGCAUCGAUAACUUAUGGAUAUGGAUUUUCUGAAAGUGCUAUGGAUUGGCUAACAAACAUUAAUAAUAAGGAAAAUUUUGCUGUAGUCAAUAUCUUUUAUCGCGAAAUGUCUUAUUUACUGAAUGAACAGAUGCAGUCAACAUCAUUGGUGGAUGUAUUAAGUAAUAUUGGAGGAAAUAUGGGAUUGUUUUUUGGAGCAAGUGUAAUAACAGUCAUUGAAUUAGUUAUAUUUUUAUCUAAGCUAGUUUGGAUUGCAUUUUCUAGUCAACGUCGUGAAUACAUGUUCCAUAAGCGUCAAAAGGAACGUGAUCGUGAGCAGCGUCUUACAACAGUAAUAAAUACUGCUGCCUUUGAGUUGAUUAGUUUGUUGGAUGAUUGGCUGAUUGGUUGUUGGUUGAUUGGUUGGUUGGUUGGUUGGUUGGUCGCCAGACUCCUCAGUAGAUUGCUCGUUGGUUCAACUCUUCGUAGGUUGAUUGUUGAUCAGACUGACCGGUUACCCGGAUCGUUGCUGUCUGUUCUGACUGCUUGGUUGAUAGGCUGA